CCCUGUGGGACACCUUUGUCCCGGUGGUGCAAUAUAUGUGUGGACCGUGUCCGCCGGUAGCUGCAAACUCCGGGCGGCCGUAGUGCAUUUGCUGUUCAGCUAUGGAUGAAUGCCAGCAACAGCUCGACUUUGAGGAGCUAGAAAAAUUGUGCAGAAACACACCGGAGGACGAACUGUCGGAAGCGGAAGAGGACGCAGGAACAGUGCAGGAAGCGGGUGGUGAAGAGGGUGGUGGAACAGGAAGGUUUAGAGAUAUGGGCCAAUCGGAGAGCAAGAAAGCGUCGAAGAAAGCGGCCGCCACCGACACCGGUCUGCACACCAAGGGUACGGCCAUGUCUUUUGGCUUCAAGAAGCACAAGGUGCACCAGCAAACCGCCAGCAACAACGGUACGAUCGGCACGACCAACGGUGCCAACAAAUUGCCCACGGGUGUGGCACCACAUACCACGGAUGGUGGCGCGGAACCGGUCCCGGGAGCGGUCGCUAAUCAGAUCAAGAAGUUCAACAAUAACAACCUUAACAACAACGGUUGCGGCAACGCGACACUGGAAAGGGAGAAAGCGGAAAGGGAGUUGGUGCACGCGACCGUCAUCACGAACCCGGGCGUCGAUGCGGGAUUUAGCGACAAGAACGGAAAUACCGGUUCAAUCGAAUCGGUAGACGACGGUGGUGGUGGUGGCGGUGUCCGUAACACAUCUACUGGCCGUACCACACCCCGGCUGCAGCCUGCCAAGAAAGACAGCCAUGGAGCGCCGUACCGUAGCAAUCGAUUCGGCUUCCGCACCAACAAUAUCGUUCGGCCGGCAUCGGUCGGACUGCAGCCCCGGGUGGCAAACGAUUUGGACAAACAUUCCUCCUCCAAUACCAACAACAACAAUAACAUCCAUACCAACAACAACAAUAACAACGUGUACGUCGUUAGCGACAAACGCCGCUCGAAGAGUGCUUCAUCUGCGGCAUCUGCACGCACAACAUUUACCCCACUAUCCUCAGGCACAGUGGCGCCGACGACGACGACCGGAACUGGUGGGAAUGCAGCGAUGGCGCUGCAACAGCACGCGUACGGUGGUGCAGGUGCGCUGCAUCGCCCUAUGCCGAAAUACCAGGCGCCGAAUACAAAAAUAACCCAAAACAACGCACCACCGGACAACGGUGGUAGUUUCGGGACUUAUCAACAGCCGAUGACGAAAUGCAACCAGGGAGAGCAUAAAAAUACUCAGCAUUCCGGCAGUACGGCCCUGCGGCAAUCGGCCCAACCACAUCAGUAUACGCACGGUAGCGAAGCCGGACAGAACGCGUCAUCCGUUGGUGGUGGACUAUGUGCAAAACCACCACUGGCCGGCAAUGGCAACGCUGCCGGUACGACUACUGCCGCCAAACUAGGUCAGGAGGCGGCAACUACGGCGAGCAAGUUUACGCUCCAUUCAUCCAGCCUCCCGAAACCCCAGUAUCCGGUGUCGAUCUCGCUAACCUCCGGCACAACCACCGGACCCGCGGCCAGCUCACGCUACACGAUGGACACGAAGGGUGCCAAGCACGCGGUGAACGUAAGCCGCAAAGAGUUCGCCAACACGAACGUGACCGGUGCACCGGCGCUCGAAGAUACGACCACAACCACCACCAGCAGCAUCCGUAUGCCGAGGCAACGCUACCGCAAUCUGGAGAUGGUAAUGAGCGGCCGGCACAAGUUCGAAGUGCGUGAUCUGGAAGCGCUAACGACGGAACCGAUCGUACCGCUACCAUUGCCCGAACUGCCGAGCGCAUUCUGCAGCACAACCAACCAGCGUACCGCUCCGCUAAGUGGACUGAUACGAUCGACGGAACUGAACGCGAGCGCUAAUGCAUCCACGCUGCACGAUGAUAUCGAUAUAAAUGACAAUCGGUACGAGAUGGCCGAACCGGGUGCAGAGGAUGAAGAGGCUCAAACAACGCCCACUAGCCAUGAUGGUGAGGGCCAGAAGGAAAGUUUGGAGGAGGAAAAACUGUUGCGCGAUAACAAUUCAUCGGAGAAGAGUCUGAAGGGUGCGCUGAUGAAGGAUCUGGUCGAGAGCUACGAGGAAAGCAAGAGUUCGACGCCAAGCUGUUCGCGGGCGUCUUGGUUCACGGCCGGAGAGGCACUUGCGGCUAAAGACUUUGGUAUUCGCAGCUUGUCUACGAGCGUCGAGAGUAGCUGCACAUCGAAGCAGUUGGAUUCGGUUCCGAAGCAAGGGGCAGCCCAGGAGGAACCGGAUGAGGAGGACAUUAGUUCCGUUACUAUUACGGCGGGCAAUCCUUCUGCUUUCUCUUCCAUUUCGGCCCCAGUUCCGAUGGACGUUUCGACCAAUCUGGACAGCGUUUCGGAGGUACAGAUCAGCUUCACCGAUCCAGGAACCGAUCCGCUCGCCAGCAGUGAAACCGACGUACCGAACCGAAUGUACCGCAAUGAGCAGACAAAAUUUGCCGAAAUGGCCGCCGCCAUUAGCGAUGUGCUGCUGCUGGACGAUGAAACAUCCCCGACCGAUAGUCUCGUCAGCAGCUGUACGGAAAAUUCGGACGACGCAAAGAAACCACGGCACGGUGCAAAGAAAGCGGCUGAAAAUAGUAAGGAAAAAGAAAAGGACAUUGAUGAAAUUUCGCCCGAGCUGGAUGAACUUACCAGUCCGGUUUCGCCCGGCACACCGACACAUGCUUCCAACUCCCUGUCGCUGUCGGACGGUGGAAGGGAUUUUCUUAUUGACGAUGAAAUUGCCGAUCAGCCAGGGUUGGUGUUUGAUGAGGGCAGUACACUCGAUCUCGGUUCGCUCAACCUCAACCUGACAUCACAAAAAACGGAGAAUACGACUACGCUGAAGGACAACCACAGUCGGGCUGUUGUUACUGCACCCGGUGCUGGGUCUGGUCAAACGACGGCAAUCAAAGCGACUCCUCCAGUCGCUGUAAAACCACGCAAAGUUAUGGCGGAUACGUACGAAUCGCCCGCCCUUUCGCGAAAGUCUACCCGUAGUGGUAAUCGUAUGGCUAGAGCUGAAUCGUUGGAUACGCUAUCGCCGUGCGAUUCGAUUGCAUCAGAUGAUUUUAUGCUGGACUUUGACUGCAACAGUAGCAUGGAUUCGAUCGAUCGGGUUGCUCGUUCCAGCAUGGGAGGCAGUGUUACGGGGUUGAACUCGAUGGAUGAGCUGCAACUGUGGUCCGAGCUGGAGAACAAGGGUGGCCACAUUAUACGCGAGUGGAGCACACUGCUGCGCAGCAGCCCACAGAGCAUCAACAACAAUGCUAAUCGAUCCCAGCUACCGGCAAGGGCACGUCUACUUACCCGAAGGCUCCAGAACAAUGCCACACCCACCAAUGGGUCGGAAAGUCCCCGCUCGAUCGACAGUCUACCCCGGCGGACGUUUGCCGGCACGUACAAAACGGCCACCCUUAGCCAGUUCCACAAUCUCGCUAACAACAACUGUACGGACUCUGCCUCGACGGCUACCAACUCCGCGGAAGAUCUCACCCUGCUCGACAAGUCACUGCGCAACUCCAUGCUACAGGACGUGGUGCACUUCAAGAAGCAGCUGGUACGACUUCGUCGGAUACUGCAAGAGGAUGAAGAAAAUUUGAUGAUGACCGACACUCUCAACCCAUUUGAAAAUAACAAUGGGCAAUUCUUCACGACGGCAGCCGCAAUCGCAACCGCCAACGGUAGUAUCGGGUCCGGGGCGACAACAACAACGGCAGGCCAGCAGGAACAACAGCAGCAACAGCUACAAGAAAACGUACUCAUCCGUGAGUCCAGCGUGGCGGCCCUUGCCCUACUCGAGGACCAGCGGCAGGAGCUGGCGGAUCUCAGAAGACAGGUGGUUUACCUUCAGGGUGAACUAACGGCCAAAGAUCGCACGAUUCGGCAGCAGCAAAAUCUGAUCGACAAGUUAGAAGCGGAGCGAGAGAAGCAACAACAGCACAGCAUCUCGAACGGUGGUAGCUCAUCGCUGGACAGUAGUGGAGACACGACCGUUGGUGACGCUUCAGCCAGCAACCAUCAGUCGGCGGACACCAUCAGCACCGCAACACAGACCGAGCGUUUGAGGCCCGUUUCGUUCGGUGGACAGGAAGGAUUAGGCAGUCGCAAUGAGAAGCCUAAAAAUGGUUUACGAACACCAACGGCCGUUGGGCUUCCCAUCAGCAGUACAACCUCAUCACACCAUAAUUCCAGCAAUGGUCCAACCACACCGAAAAGUAAAACCCAAAUCUCCUCCGUCUACACGCAGCUGUCCUCCAUUAGGCACAGCAUUGCCGGUACCAGUGCGCCAACAACACCGACAACAGCUUCCCACAAUGGAUCUGUUCCCGUCGCACUCCGAAGAACAUCGCUCGGUUCCAGCCACAAUUUAAGCUCGUUCGGAUUGCAGCAAAACGAUCGAUCUCCUAGCGGUAACAGUGGCAGCAAUAAACCCGUCCGCACAACACACAUCGGAACGCUGACCACGCUGAACGGUGAACGAAUAUCAUCGGUGCCAAAGCAAACUAAAACCAUCCCGCAUCGAACAGCAUCGUCAUCCAACGGGACCGGCCAGUCAGUUUCUAAACUGAACGGACUGAACGGAGCGACAAAAAGAACGACGACUGGAAUUAUUAGACCACCGUCAUCAUUCGGCAGCAGUAACAGUCUGGCGCCGGUGGAACAGCACAAGAGUAAAUCGGCCCCCGGUACACCGUUGGUAGUGGCAAGCGGGAAGCUACUAACACCUGCCGCUACCGGUGCUACGGAAGGACAAACGAAUGGACAUCGGGUGACAGAUGAGGCAGCUGAUACCGAAUCCGGAUCCGAAUCGGACAAGGAAACGGUUGUGAAUGGAACGUUGAUGAACGGGUUAAAGUUGAUGGCCGCUUCUUCUGCGGGUGGAUGUAACGAGGGAAGCAGUCUAGGCACGAACAACACGGUCAAUGGUAUUGUAGGACACUGA